AUGACCUUUGGAGACCGAUUGUCGACCUGUGGAGUGGAGGACAGGAGAGACUUGCAUUACGUGCUCGACGUCGGUACCGGAACAGGCAUCUGGUCCAUUGAAUAUGUUGACAGAGAAAAGGUGCUCGGAGUGGACGUCAGCCCUGUGCAACCGGACUAUGUUCCUCCCAACGUCAGAUUUGAAGUCAUGGACGUCGGGCAGCCAUGGGCCUUUCACUACAGCUUCGAUUUCAUCUUCAGCCGAUUCAUGACAGGUGCAAUUGCAGAUUGGCGGCAGUUCAUUCAGCAAUGCUAUGAAAACCUUGCUCCAGGGGGGAUGCUCGAGGUCCAGGACAUAUCAUUCCAUCUCCAGUGUGAUGACGGAACACUUCCCGAGGAUUCUGCUUUGGCCAGAUGGGCAGCCUAUAUGCUUGAGGCAAGUAAGCAGCUGGGAUGUCCCCUUGACAGCGUCGAGUCAGUCAAGAGAAUCAUGAUCGAGACGGGCUUCGUCGAUGUGGUGCAAAAGCCCUACUGUUGGCCAAUGAGCCCCUGGGUGAAAGAAGAAAAACUGAGGAAGAUCGGACUCUGGACUUAUCACAAUUUCAGCGGAUCGUUGUCGGGCAUCAGCCUGGCGCUUUUCACGCGAGGCUUAUCCUGGUCUGCAGAUGAGCUCGAAGCAUUUCUGGUCGAUGUCAGAAAAGACAUGAGGAACACGGGAUAUCACGCGUUCUGGCCCGUGUAA